AUGUGGAGGGACCACUGGAAUAUCUGAGACAAAAUAGCCUCGCUGUAGAAACAAAACUACAGUUCCCAGGAGCCCCCGCGGCGCUGCGGGGCGGAAGCCGGAAGUGAUGCGUGCCUGCCAGGACCAGGGUUCAACGGGUGGCGGCGGCGGAGGAGGAGUAGUAGUAGUAGCAGCAGCAGGCGGCGGGGGCAGUGUGCAUGUGGCUGUAGAGGGCUAAAGGCGAAGGCUGGGCAGGAUGGCGGCGGCGGAGGAAGAGGAGGAGAAAGCCAUCCUGGCUGUGAUCCACCGGUACCUGCUCCAGGUCGGAUACUCCCGGGCGGCCAAGAUGCUGCUGGAGGAGAGCGGGCAGAAGACCUUCCCAUCAUUUUCUGUUCCUCUCCAGGAGAUAUUUGCUUACUGGAAUAACAGAUCACAACCCAAGAAACGAAAAGCAGCUGAUAGGAAGAGAAAGACUCCAGCAAAGAUCAGAGUCCCUGACCCCAAGAGCAGCUCAGAGAGCUCAGAGGAGGAAGACGUGACGAAUGCCCCAAAAGCUAACGUGCCUGCGAAUAACAGCUCUGUGGUUAAUGCAGAGAGUAGCAGUGAUGACGAAGAUUCAUCCUCUGAAGAGGAAGCAGUUGCUGAGAAGAUGGUGAAAACAUCUGUAACAAGAAGUAAACCAAGUGAUUUCCUGCAGCUUGCUGCUCAAAAAACAAAUUCCUUCCCAGGUAAAGGAGUUGCUGUAGCUUCUGUCCAGGCAAAAGGACAACAAAAUAAAGCAUCUGUGAAUAAGCUGCUCUCUCCAGCUGUGGCAAAAAUGGGACAGAAUGAAGACCUUCCUGGUAAACUGGGGCCUGUUUCUCAAUCUCCUGUUGUACAAGGAUGGAACGUGGCACAUGUGACUGCUACAAAGACAGGUGGGGCCUCCAAAAGCAGCAGCAGUAGCAGCAGCAGCUCAUCUGAGAGUGAGGAAGAAAAGACACUCAAAGUAGUAAAAACGCCACCUCCCCCUAAGCCAGCUCAGAAGGAGUCGGAGAGCAGCAAUGAGGACUCAAGUGAUGAUUCUGACUCUGAAGAUGGAGGAGCAACAGCAGCAGCGGCGGCAAAAGCAGCAACCAUCCAGCUGAAACCAGGUGUGCAGAGUACACAGGUGAAAACCACAUUGGCCAAAAGCUUACCAGCUUCUGCUAUAAAUUCCAAAGGAAGUUCAAUAAAAGUAUCUCCAGCCAAGAUACCAGCAAACCAGAUCAGAUCAGAAACUGAGAAUGCAGCUAAAAGCACAGAGCCAACAGAGAGUUCAGAGACUAGCAACUCAUCAGACAGUGAGGAUGCAGAGCCCAGCUCAGUUGCACAGACAAAAUCACCUAGAAAAAUACCUCAGGCAGCCACAGCAGUGGUGAAAAAUGAAGCAGCAAGUAAACCAUCAAGCAAGACAGUCUCUGUUUCAAGUCCAUUGAAACAAACUCCAAAACCAUCACUGACAAAAUCGCCAAUCCCAUCAAAGAAAGCAGAGAGCUCAGAAAGCAACGAGUCAUCAUCUGAGAGUGAGGAUGAAACUCACCCAGUUCCAGUGAGCCAGAAGGGAUUGCAAACUCCUCAGCAUUCUGCUGGAGCCAAACAAAAUCAUGCUGAUAAACCAGGAAAUUUGGUGAAAGCUGCAUCAAGUAUUUUGAAAGGGAAAGAAGCAGAGAGUGAGAGCAGCAGCUCAUCUGACAGUGAAGAUGAAACAGUUCCAGCUGCUCUCAAAUCACCACCUCCUUCGGCAACCAAGGCAAAUACUCCAGCUCAGCCUUCAGGUGCCACAAAGUCCCUGCCUCUACAAGUAUCACUCCAGAAAGCCCAGCAGAGCGAAGACAGUAGCCAGGAUUCCAGUGAUGAGACUGAUUCUGAAGAAGACACAGUACUCACUCAGAAACCAUCUCGGAUGGCACAGAAGCCUGUUCCUGUUCCCAUGAAAGCCACAACUGCAAAGAGUGCAGGUGUCACACCAGGCAAGGCAGGCAGUGCUCUGUCAGCAAGAAAGGGGACAGCAAACGCCACAAAGUCAGCUGCUGCCUCUCUUCAGAAAGCUUCAGAUAUUUCAGAGACAGACAGCUCUGAAUCUUCAAACAGUGAAGCAGCUGCAAAGCCAGUGAAACAGCCCCCUAUUCAUCCUUUUUUUAAGCAGGUGGCAGGUAAAGCUGCCAGUGCUUCUGCAAAGGGUGCACAAGUCAAUUCUGGUACAUCAGAGUCAGUUUCCAGCAAGUGCCAAAGUCCUGCCACAGUGAUAACAGGGAAAGUGGAGCAGAAUUCCUCCAAAAAGGCCAAACCAAGCCAGGACCAGACUCUGCCAUCUAAACCUUCUGGACCUCUCAAAGGCAAAGAGAGUUCAGGAAGCAGCAGUUCCUCACAUAGUGAGGAGGAAGAGGCAGUGACAGCAUCAGCAACAGUCAAACAGAUUCCACAGCCUGCAGGUCUAGCACAGAAGGGAGGAGUGAUACAAGAAGUGGAGAGCUCAUCUGAAGAGUCCAGUGAUGAAGACCAGGAAGAGCCUUCACAGUCCGUCUUGGGAAGUCCUUCAGGCCCUUUCAAAACCCCAACAUCUACUGUGCUGAAGACUACUUCUCCCGUGCUGUCAAAACAGACACCUGGUAAAGCUGGCAAUCUUGCCCUCAGUGCCCUCACAAAGUCUUCUGGGAAAUCAGCCAAUGCUGACAGCUCAUCAAGUGACAGCAGUGACUCAGACACAGAUGCUGAAGAAACAAUUGCUCAAAAGGCAGAGAUUACCUCCUUGCCAGCAUCCGGGAAGCAAGCAGUUGUGGCCAAAGAAGCUACAUGUAAGGGAACUGUGGCAGGGGGAAAAAGAUCGGGAAGGGAUGGCUCCAAAGCAUCCACAGCCAAGAAGACUACAGCAAAGACUCAGAGCAACGGGAAGGCAAAAGGAACUCCAGCAGCUAACUUUCCACUCACUCUUUUGCCCAAAGUCCACCCGGUAGAAAUAGACUGUAAGAGCAAUGAGGGGGCUGUGGCUCAGGUUCCUGGCACAGGUGGGGCCACCUCCAUUGUGGCCAUGAAGACUCCAAAAGCAACAAAGAUGUCUAAGAGUGGGGAGAAAAAGAAACCGUCCAAGAAACGCAAACUGGCAGCUGGGGGAACCGUCCUGGGGGAACCAAAAGAGAAGAAGCAUAAAGAACAGAGCAUCCUGGACAUGCUGACGAAGAAGAAAAAGAAGAAGAAAUCCAAGUCUUCCAAUGUUACCAAGCCACCAAAGAACAAAGACAGCAAAGAGAAGAAAUCUGACAAGAAGAAAAAGAAGAAUAAAAAAUUGGAAUCUCUUAGUGAAGAUGGUUCACAGAAGAAAAAGAAGAAAAAAAAGAAAACAGGUGACCUUGAGACAGCUGCAUGAACAAUGACUGUACAACACAUGGAAAUUACUGGGAACGCUCAGCAGAAAGGAACUACUUGUUUAUAUUUUUUUAAACAAAGAAGACCUGGCUGUCAAAAGUUUGAAUUUAAAUCUUAAUUUAUAACUAUUUUUAACAGUGAAUUUUAGAGCUAAUAGCUACUUCCCAUUGACCUGGACAUGGGCCUUGGAGAGGGAAGGUACACUUGAUUGCAUUUCCAAGGGAGAACAUUCAGAUAAUGUUCCUAUAGAAAUGAAAUGUGGGGGACAUGAAACCAGCUUUGAUCGUUCUGGGUUUUUUAAAAUCCUUCAAUGUUUCUUAUUGCUGUCUCCUCAUCCUUCUUUACCUACCCUCGUCCAACCUUUAAGAGUUAUAUUUUUAAAGCAAAACAAUCACCAACCCUCUUUUUACAUCCCCUGCUUUUCAGUUAAGUUUAAAAAAAAAACAAAAAAAAACAGGAAAGGAGAUCCUGAUCCUCUAACUCAUGCUUUCUUCCAGUGCUCGGUAUGUACAAAGCCAUGUUGUCCCUAGACUGUGAUCUUUUCACUCUGGUUUUUUGUUUGUUUUUGUUCUGCCUUUCUCUUUAUAAAUGAUGGAACAGAAUAAAAGAUUUUGACUGGAA